GGCGGGGCCUCGAGGGAGCGCUCUGCGAACUGACCUUGAAAACCGACAUACCCGUUGUGUUUGUGAAACGAAGAAAGCUAGGCGGCCAUGGUCCAACCCUGAAGGAGGCGGCCAAAUAUGACAAGAAGGUGAUGGUCCUGGAUUUUGUCACUCCAACCCCUCUUGGAACUAGAUGGGGCCUCGGAGGAACAUGUGUGAAUGUGGGUUGCAUACCUAAAAAACUGAUGCACCAAGCAGCUUUGUUAGGACAAGCCCUCCGAGACUCUCGAAACUAUGGGUGGAACGUUGAGGAGAUAGUGAAACAUGACUGGGAGAGAAUGACAGAAGCUGUCCAGAAUCACAUUGGCUCUCUGAACUGGGGCUACCGUGUGGCUCUGCGGGAGAAAAAGGUCAUCUAUGAGAACGCAUAUGGGCAGUUUGUUGGGCCUCAUAAGAUUAAGGCAACAAACAACAAAGGCAAAGAGAAGAUUUAUUCUGCAGAGAGAUUUCUCAUUGCCACUGGUGAAAGGCCACGUUAUUUGGGUAUCCCUGGUGACAAAGAAUACUGCAUCAGCAGUGAUGAUCUGUUCUCUUUACCCUAUUGCCCGGGUAAGACCCUGGUGGUUGGAGCAUCCUACGUUGCUUUGGAAUGUGCUGGAUUUCUUGCUGGCAUUGGUUUAGAUGUCACUGUUAUGGUACGGUCCAUUCUCCUAAGAGGAUUUGACCAGGACAUGGCCAACAAAAUCGGUGAACAUAUGGAAGAACAUGGUAUCAAGUUUAUAAGACAGUUUGUACCAAUAAAAGUUGAACAGAUUGAAGCAGGGACACCAGGCCGACUCAGGGUGGUAGCUACGUCCACUGAGAGUGACAUAACCAUCGAAGGAGAGUAUAACACGGUAUUGCUGGCAAUAGGAAGAGAUGCUUGCACAAGGGAAAUUGGCUUAGAAAACGUGGGGGUAAAGUUAAAUGAACAGACUGGAAAAAUACCUGUCACGGAUGAAGAGCAGACCAGCGUGCCUUACAUCUAUGCCAUUGGCGAUGUGUUAGAGGGGAAGCUGGAGCUCACCCCAGUGGCAAUCCAGGCAGGAAGGUUGCUGGCGCGGAGGCUGUACGGGAGCUCCACUGUCAAGUGUGACUAUGAAAAUGUUCCAACGACCGUUUUCACUCCUUUGGAAUAUGGUGCUUGUGGUCUUUCUGAAGAGAAAGCCGUGGAGAAAUUUGGGGAAGAAAAUAUUGAGGUUUACCAUAGUCACUUUUGGCCAUUGGAAUGGACGAUUCCAUCAAGAGAUAACAACAAAUGUUAUGCAAAAAUAGUCUGCAAUAUCAAAGACAGUGAACGUGUUGUGGGCUUCCACGUACUGGGUCCAAAUGCUGGAGAAGUUACCCAGGGCUUCGCAGCAGCUCUCAAGUGCGGGCUGACCAAAGACCAGCUGGACGGCACCAUCGGAAUCCACCCCGUCUGCGCAGAGGUAUUCACGACACUGUCGGUGACCAAGCGCUCGGGGGAGAACAUCCUCCAGACCGGUUGCUGAGGUUAAGCCCCAGUGUGGGUGCUGCUGCCAGGACUCCGAACCACUGACGUAUUUCUUGCCCAAGUCCAAGGCGAAGUUUGCGGAAGGCUCUCGGGCUUCAGCAGCCACGUGUCCUGUGCUUAGAGCCCCGAGGCCCCCUUGGAUCUCAUGGGCCGGAGGUGACGCGUGGGUGGCAGGCAGCAUCGCACUGGGGUCAGCAUGAUGCACUCGAAACUGGCUUUCGGCAGAGCUUCGCAGAGGGGCGUCCAUGAAGUCACCAGCCUCAAGCCCGCGCGGUGGGUGGUGAUGGAACCGUCGAAGCAGUUUUUGCAUGGCCUUUCCUUUGUAGGUUUUCUUAUUCUCACUGUCAACCUUUCUCAGGUUGGUUAUUUUUUUCUCCGCCGUGUUAGUGAAAGUAGAGAUGAUAGCAGACAAUUUUUAUCCAAAAGCAAGUC